AUAGUUGUUUUUGAGAUGCUUCAAAUGAUUGGGUUCGGCACAUAAUGAUGGAAGAGUUAGAUGCUGCUUGUAGCUGGGAACAAUUCAUGGAAAAAGGAAGCUAUGAAUCUUUGAAUCGCUUCAGCCAAAUUCUAUGCAAGAGAUUCAAUAUUUCUAAUGACUCCAAAACACCCGAACCUACAAGAAAUUUUCUUACAUUAAAUGAUUUACCAAAUGGAUGUAUUGAAUAUUUACUUCAUACAUUAUACAAGCAAUGCAAUUCAAUUAUUAUUCAACCAAAUCUAAUCAGUAAUAAUGAUCAAAUGAAUGAAAAUGUGAUUAAUACUACUGAAAUUACUACUGAUAAUGAUGAUAAACUAUUAAUGGUAUUGGAUAAUUUAAAUUAUAUCAUUAAAGUAUUAUGUUUAUUUGGCAGAAAUGACACUAUUCAACAAUUCAUCAUCGAAGACAAUUGUAUCCAUGAGGUUUUACCGGAUCUAUUAAAAUUGGUGGAUCAUUUAAAAAUGUUUGAUUUAUUUAAUCUUAUCAUUAAUUUCAUAGAAAUUUUAUAUGAUCCUUACGGGAUGUGGAAGAAAUGGAAAUCUAUUUAUUAUGAACAAAAAUAUGAGAAUUUAAAAUUUUUCACUUCUAUAUCUACAAUAUCCAAUGAAUUACUUAAUAAGAUACAUUCAAGUAUCUAUGAUUUAAUUAAACAAAACAAUAAUAACGCGGGAAUUCAAUCCUCAUUGAUCGACGCUUAUUGUUGUAUAUCAGUUGGAUGUUAUGGUUUUGUACAAUACAAUCAUAUACACGAUUUAUUUUGUUUAAUCAACGGAUCAAAUCGACCGCCAUCGGAAUCAUCAUCAUCGUCAUCAUCAGAACCUCAGGAGAUUUAUUAUGAUGCAAAUGAACAAUAUAAUGAAGACUUUGUUGUUAUAUCAAGUUUUUUAAUUUAUGCAUUAAGUCUUCAAGAGCCAAAUAUGAUCACAUUGAAAUCAGCGAUAGAUCAAUUUCGUUCUGAUAUUGGCAAUAAAAGAACUCUUUCCACUAUUGAUUAUUAUUAUCAAACCCUACUCAUCCAAUUAUCAAGUCGUAUAAGACUAUGUUAUCAACAUCAACCAGAUAUUCUUCUAUCCAAUCUACAAUCAACAUUCAAUGAUCCUCUUUCUUCUUCAUGUGAUCAACACUAUGAAUACUUCUUGACAUUUCUAGCUUCAAUUGAUUUGAAUAAAUCAUAUUCUGAUAUCUUUAUGACAUUGCAAUUAAAAGGCGACAUAUCAGUAGUAUCUUCACCUUUAUCGACAAAACGAUUACCGGAUCAUUUUUAUCAUCAAUUAACAGAAUAUUUAUGUUCUAUAUUUGAUCCCAAAUUAAAAAUGGAUCAUAUAUCAUUUAAUUUACCAAAGAUUAUUGGUAAAAGUCUUUUAUGUUGGGCUUUUGGAAUAUUACCCAUUUGUAUUGAUCCACAAUUAAAUUACUUGAUAGACAAUCCUUGCAAUGAAGAUAUUCUAAAGUCAUAUAAACGCAUUAUUCUCCAUGGUGAUAUUUUGAUUGUUUUAUUAAAUUGGAUCUUUCAUUUAUGGAAUUCAUCAGAAUGUUUAUAUAAGUCAAUCAAUGUAAACAUCUUUCCUAUCAUUAAUCAAAUAUUGAAAGUAAUUAUUGAUUGUUUAUUGGAUCAUGAUACAAUUGGACAAAUGAGUAAAGCAAAUUGUUGUCAGGUUGGUGUAAUUCGGCAUGGAAUAAUUCCAAAUAUUGUUAAAUUAUGUGAAUUAUUAAGGCAUAAACUUGGUAUAAUGUGUACGGAACAAAAAAAGGAUGAAUAUGAGGAAGUGAAAACACACUAUUUCCAAACACUUAAAAUCUUCAAUAUGUUUUUGGAAAUACUUCAAUGUUUAGGAGAAUUUUCAAUGUCUGCUCCAGAUCUCGCAAGUCUUUUAAGAAUACUUCGUUCACAAUCUGUUAGAUUAUAUUGUAAUAGAAUACUACAAGUACUUGUAAAAAUUACACAAAAAAUUCAGCUAAAUUUAGCUCCACUACCAAGUUCUGGUUAUUGGUUUCAAUUUAGUCAACCACAAGACAGUCUUCUUGUUUUACCAGUUGGACCGGAAUUAGGUGAUUUAAAAUAUGAUCAAAAUAUGAAUAUGAUAUUUGAAAAUUCAUCUACAUUAAUCAAUACAUUAUCGACUGAUUUAAGUUUACAUUUUUGGUUAUCAAUCAAUAAUCAAUUAAUUGAUAUAAAUAAUAAUUUAAUUAAUGAUAAAUUUCAAUCAAUCAAUUCAAAACGUUAUUGUCUAUUCAGAUUAUUAUGUACAAAUGGUAAUGGUUUAGAAAUAUUUUUAACAAAAUAUGGUUAUUUAGUUGUUGCUGUAGCAACAAAAGAAAAUUUCAAUUAUGUUGUUACAUGUGGACCAAAUAAAUUAACACCAUAUGAAUGGCAUUCUGUUGCAGUUGUCUUCUGUCAUUCCCGUCGUCUUUUAGUCACCAGAGCCAUACUCAAAGUAUUUAUAGAUGGUAAUCUUUGUUACUCUGGAGAUUUUCCUCAUCCACAAAUAAAUGGAACUGUUUUUAUUCUACAUAUUGGUGGAUGUCCGAAUUGGGUUGAUCAAAUUGUUUAUACUAAACUAUUAUGUAAUUUAAAUUCUAGAACUGGUCGACGUAAUGCUGUUAUAACUAAACAACAACCUGUUGGAAGACGUGGUUACAUAACUAGAGGAACUGUUUCUGUCUCAUCGAUUUCAUCAUCAUCAUCAUCAUCAUCGUCAUUUCAAGGAAAUCCAAAAGAUGGUUCUGAUCUUUUCUCUCGGCAACUUGAAAUUGGUAUAAUACAUAAAGUAGAUCUAGGAAAUGAACAUUUAGUAUGGGGAAAAAUCAAUUCUUUUCAAGGGAAAUUAAUUUCAUGUUCUAUGUUUAAUGAAGCAUUAUCUGAUGGUAUUUGGCAAACAAUUACAUCACUUGGACCUUGCAAUUUAACAUAUCUAUUGGAUAAUGAAUAUUAUAAUAUAAACAAUACUACUACUAGUACUACUACUACUACUACUACUACUAAUACUACUACUACCAAUACUACUAAUAUCAGUAGUAUGAAUACAGAUGAUUAUCUUGGGAAUAUAAGUAGUAUAACAAAACUUAUAUUUCAUUAUCACGCUAAAGCAAUACAUUUAUAUCAUUCUAUUUGUAUAGAAUUAAAUAGUGAACGUCUUGGUUUAUCUAAUUCAUUUGAAUGUAUACAAUUAUUAUUAACAAAAAAUAAAAAAAAUAAAAAUCAAUAUUUAUUGAUUAAUGAACAAUUUUAUCAAAAAUAUUUAUGGUUUAAACAUAUUUAUAAUAAAUGUACAAAUUAUGGUGGUCUCCCAGCAACUAUAUUAGGACCAAAAAGAUAUGGAACAAUUUUAAUGAGCGAUUCAAUCAAUCAAAUUGGUGGUAUGGGUGUACUUUUACCAAUUCUGAAAUUACUUCGUACUUUUCCAACAAUCGAUUAUGAUCAUCCUAUAGAUCCUACAUUUUUAUCAAAAGAUGAUUUAGGUUUAACUGACCUACUAAUCUUUGCACAACGACGUUAUAUUCAUGAUAUGAAUAUUGUAUGCAAUGGAAUGACAAAAACAUUAUCCAUAUCGAAUAUGACUGAUAUCAAAUCUCUUGAUAUGAUCUCCAAGAGUACAUCAAAUGAGUCAAGUGAAUUUCGUCCACGUUCUAUAUCCCUUUCGUUAAUUAACACUACCAGUAGUAGUGGUAGUAGUAAUAAACCAAAAUUGAAAGGUGAACGAAGUAGUUUUUCUGGUACAAUUACAUCUAAUAUGACAUUGGGUAAUAGUAGUAUAGCUAAUCUACUUAUAAUUGUACGUAAUUUAAUAUUAUUAAAACCUGAGAAUCGUGCCCAAGUUUUAUGUCCUGAUUUUAUGUUACCCCUUUUAUAUCUUUUGAAAAAACUUCAUCCUUUACGUUUUGAUUCCUAUGUGGUAACAACAAUUCAUGAUCUAUUCUAUAUUCUUAUUUAUCAAUUACCUAGUAACAAACAAUCAAUAUUUCAUAUGAAUCUAUUACAUAAUUGGUUUAAUAAUCCUACUAAUCAAUCAUUAUGUAAUCAUAAUAAUCAUCAUCAUCAUCAUCAUAUAUUACUUAUAUAUCAGUUAAUGUAUGAUUGGGAUAUAUGGUUAAAAUCUAAUUCAAUUAGUAUAUUAAUACAUUUACAAAAGUUAAAUCAAAUGAUUCAUUAUAAUAAUAAUAAUAAUCAUUUAUUAUCAAAGCAAUUAUCAUCAAUGGAUUCAUUAUUAGAAUUACUUAUAGAAUAUCAUAAUCAUUUAGAUUCAUGGUUAAAUGAUCUAUCAUCAUAUACUACUGAUAACCUAUUCAAUAUUCCUACAAUGACUACUACUGAUAUAAUCAAUAAUAUUGAUCAAUAUAAAUUAUUGAUUUCCAAUCAAAUAAGAGCACAAAUUUGUAAAUUAAUUGAAGUAAAAUUAAUACCACGGACAAAAAUUAUUGAUUUAAUGAAGAUUAUUGAUUUUAUUAUUAAUUGUCCAAUGAUCUUAUUGGUAAAGGAUCUAAUCAAUAUGUUAGAUCAUUGUUUUGAUCAAACUAAUACGAAUGAUCAAUUUACAUUAUUAAUUUAUGAAUCAGAUUUAAUUGUUAAAUUGUAUAGUUUAUUAUUAAAACCAAAUUAUAAAGUGAAUAUUGAAACUAAGAAAUUGGUAUUAAAGUUUAUUCAUAAAUUAGCUUUAUCUGAUCGAGUAUCAGAUAAAUAUAAGUCUCAAUUAUUUCUUAAAGAUUGGAAUGGAUUCAGUUCAUUGUUCAAUAAUAAUUCAAAUAUAUCAAUAUUAUUACAAGAUUAUGAAAUUGUUAAAAUAUUCUUGGAUCUAAUGAAACGUGGUCCAUCAUAUGAUAUAUUGGGAUUGUUACGUUUAAUGGAUCUAUUGCAUCAAAGUCCAUUGAAAUUUCGUAUUUUAACAAUGAAUACCUUUAUGGAUAUUUUUAAUAAAUCAUCAAAAUAUGUUGUUGAAGUAUUAAGUCAAUUACCAGCAUUCAUGGAUUCAUUUUUUCGAUUAUUGAUCAAAUGUCCUAGAGAGAAAGUUCAUCAACUUGAUCGAAUAUCCAUAUCUCGAUUUGGAUUAGCUAGAAAUCAAUUACCACAAAAACAUUUAAGUGAAAUUCAUUCAAAGCGUCUAGAAUCAACUAAUGAUUCUGGUCAUGGUAGUUCCAUAAAUUCACAAAAUGAUGAUCUAUACUCACCAACUUCAUCAUUAUCACAAAAUAAAACAUCAAGAGAAUCUUCUUUGUCAAAUAGUGAAGUAGAAUCUGUUUUCAAUAGUUCAUCUAAUAGACAUAUGGAUUAUUUGAAAGAUGUCAACAUAUUAGAUUCGACUAUUAUUUCAAAUCGUAUUGCAACUAAUCGACAUCCAGUUUCAGUAUCAAAUCAUUAUAGCAUAGAACAAACUUUAUCUAUUCAAUCUUCAAUUUCUCUUUCUAGUAAUUUUCAACACCAGACUACUGAUAAUAACAAACAUAGUAGUAUAAGUAAUUCACAGAUAAUAUUAGAAAAUGAUGAAAUUCUAGAAGAUAAUUUAAUUCAAUUAACUAUUAAGUGUUUACAUGAAAUUCUAUGGAUAUCUAGUCAGUUAGAACGUUGGCAUUUAAGUACAACAAUUACAAAUGAUGAUCCAUGGGUGGGAUAUUAUAGAGCAAUAAUAUCAUUUAUGGAAGUCAAUAGUCAAUAUAUUCUUAUUAAACCUGGUUUUUGGAUAAUUCAACGAUUAUUUGAACUCAUCAUUUAUUCAUUAGAACAAUCAUUGCCAAACUAUAAUCAGAAUUUAUUAUUUCCAGGUGCAGUUGAUGGAGAAAAAGUUCGAAGGGUUGUUCAUUUAUUUAUGAUGUUUCUAGUUGAUACUACUUGUAAUCAUAAGAGCUUGAUUGAUAAUGAAUAUCGUAUAGAAUUAAUGGAAGCUUUACUACAUUUAUUACAAGAAUCAUUACUUAUCUGGGAAUUGAAUUCAUCUCAAUGGAAAGAAGUACAAAUAUUAGUGAUACAUUUACUAUUAUGGUGGAUUACUAAUAGUAAUUAUAUACAAUUACGUUUAUUUAUUUAUUUAUUAACUCAAUUACAUUAUAUCAUUUGUCAAUUUGAAAAUAGAUCAUGUUAUGAAGAAAUGGCAUUUCUUCUAUACCGUUUGGAUAAAGUUAUUGAAAUAUGGUCAAAUCUUGAAGAAACCAUGACAACUAUAGAUGAUAUACAUAAAAUGGAAAAAACCAAUGAAAUCCUCAGUGAUCAUUUAAUUGAAAUUCCUCUUCAUAAUGAUGAAAGAAAUGUAAAUAGAAGUAUCCCUUCUGAAAUGUAUUUCAAUACUAAUUUUAACAAUGAAAAUAUAUCCCAAAUGAAUACCAGAUCUCAAUGGCAUAAUUUAUUUUUAUAUUUAACUCCAGUUAUAUUAAAAAUAUUUAAAAAUCAUAAUAUAUCAUUAGAAAUGGAAAAAUGGACACCUAAUUUACCAAACAUGACAUCUGAUUUUUUUGAAAAUUUCAAAUUUUAUCGUUCUAUACCACAAGGUGAAUGGCAAUGUUAUCUUGAAUAUCAUCUUCAACCAAUAGCCGAAUUCUAUACAACUCAAUAUAUAAUAAGUAUAGAAACAAAUCAAAAUUUAUAUCAUUCAAAAGCUAAUGAAGUUAUUAAACAAUCACGUUAUCAUCAUAAACAUUAUUUAGAUAAUUUAUCAUUCAAUCUACAGUCAUAUCUAUUAUCUGAGUUAUCUGACAGUUCCAUUGAAACAUUCAUCAGUUCAUACGUUAGUCCAUCGAAUCCUGAAAAGGUAACUAACCCUUCUGUGUCAAGAACAAGACAACGUAUGACAUCAUUGAUAACUUCAAUGGAUCUAUCACAAUCAUCUAUGAAUAGUAAUAGUAAUAAACAAGUUAAAGAAAAGAGAAAAGAAAAAAAUGUUUAUUAUCCAACAAAAAUACAAAAAUUAAAUCAACAAAUGAAUUAUUGGCAUGCUUUAUCUUAUCGAUUAAUGUAUACAUCAUUGAAUGCUCCAUGGUUUAUAAGCUAUCAAAAAGUUGAACAUUGGCGUUUAUGUGAACUAGAAACAAUAUGUCGUAUCCGACCGAAAUUAGAACCAAAUAUACAUUUCAAUUCACAUCUUAAUGCUAGCGCUAAACGAGAUGGUUUAUCUUUGACAAAUUUUGUACGAUCACGGAUGAGACCUCUUUCUGUAGGUCAUUAUAAUCCUAAUACAACAUUGUCUACGACAUCCAUUUAUCAUUCAUCAUCUACAUUGAAAGCUUCUUCUAGUGAAAAUAGUUUAGAAACUUCACAAGAUGAUAUGGCAGAUACAAAUACUGAUGAUGAAUUUUAUUUAAUGAGACAAAUUAUUAAACGUCCUCAACUAUUAAAUCAAACAUCAUUUGAAGAAAAUGAUCCAUCAACACCAAAUAAUGAUGAGAUACAUACGGACAAUGAUGAGUUUUAUCUAACUGAUGAUCGGCGUGGUACAUUAAUCCCAGAUGAAUCUUUAAAAACUCCAAUGAUCUCAUUCAAUUCUUCAAACCCUUCACCUGAAGAUACAAUCAAUGAUAAUAUAUUCAAUUUUGAACCAUUGAAUAAAGUUAAAAUAUCCAAUGAUGAAUCAUUUACGACAUCUACGUCGUCUACGUCAUCAUUCGAUAGAUCUUCCACAUUGAAUACAUCCAAUUCUUUCAAUUCCUUAUACCAUAACAACUAUCAACAAUCAGUUGUUAAUUAUAUACCACAAAUUCAAAAAGGUAAAACUAUUCUAUUAAGUGUUAAUGCACAAUUAGUGAUAGCAAUCAAAGUAAUCCAUGGGAUAUUAACAUUAACACAAAAUCGUUUAAUAUUUGAUGCAUCAAUGAAUAAUUUAAUGUAUGAUAAUGAUAAUUCUAUGAAUACUAACAAUACUACUUAUAAUACUACUCAAUUAUAUCUACCACGUGGGUAUAAAAUUAUGUGUGAAAAACAAGAUGUCAAAGAUACCAAAUUGAAUGAUUUCAAACAAAUAUUCUAUAUUCGAUACAAUUGGUCAUUAUCUAAAUUAAGCGAGAUUCACUUACGUCGUUAUAAUCUACGUCGUUCAGCUAUUGAGAUCUUUUUUGAAAAUAAUUCGAAUUAUUUUUUUAACUUUGAAACUAAAAUUCGUAAUAAAUUCUAUUCAAUUAUUAUGAGUUUACGAUUACCGAGAUUAGUUUAUAAUCAAGGUCGUAAUCCUAGAGAAACACUUAAAUUAUCUGGACUUACAGAACGUUGGGUAAAUAGAGAAAUAUCAAAUUUUGAAUAUCUAAUGCGUUUGAAUACAAUAGCUGGUCGAACAUUUAAUGAUUUGGGUCAAUAUCCUGUGUUUCCAUGGAUAUUAGCUGAUUAUACUUCAUCAGAAUUAGAUUUAAAUUCCCAGCAUACAUUUCGUGAUCUUUCACGACCUAUAGGAUUAGCUAAUCCAAAAUUUAUUAAUCAAAUUAGAGAGAAAUAUAAUUCAUUUGAAGAUCCAAGUGGUAUUAUGCAAAAAUUUCAUCAUGGAACACAUUAUUCAAGCGCUGCUGGUGUCUUGCAUUAUCUUGUCCGUUUGGAACCAUUUACAACGUAUCAUGUAAAUUUACAUGGAAAUAAAUUUGAUGUUGCAGAUCGUCAAUUCUAUUCUAUCCCAAAAGCGUGGCGUUUUAUAUUAGAUAAUCCAAAUGAUAAUAAGGAGUUAAUUCCGGAAUUCUUCUUUUUACCCGAAUUUCUACGAAACAGUAAUAAUUUUGAUUUAGGUUUUCGUCAAUACAAUCAAAAUCGAAUCAAUGAUGUGGAAUUACCGAAUUGGGCUUCAUCACCAGAAGAAUUUAUACGUAAACAUCGUGCUGCAUUGGAAUCUGACUAUGUGUCAGCACAUUUACACUUAUGGAUAGAUUUAAUUUUUGGUUAUAAACAACGUGGUCCAGAUGCAGUGAAUGCAUUAAAUGUAUUCAAUUUUGUAACAUAUGAAGGUGCUGUAGAUUUAGAUAAGAUAAGUAAUUCAUAUGAACGUGAAGCUUUCGAAAGUAUGAUACAGAAUUUUGGACAAACUCCAAGUCAAUUACUUAAAGAACCACAUCCAAAACGUUUAACUUAUUCUGAAUGGUUAUCUCUAUUAUAUCAUCAAUAUAGAUUACCUGUUAUUAGUUUAUUAACUCUAACUAAUUAUAAAAAUGAUAAAUCAAUAAAAAAACAGAAAUCAGUUACUCAAUUCACAUUUCAACAUGAUUCAAUGAAUCCUCUAUCUAACAGUACCUCCAGCAGUAUUCCUAGCAGUACCCCCAGAAGUACUCCCAGUAGUACCCCCAGAAGUACUCCCAGUAGUACCCCCAUUAGUACAAAAUCGACAACAUUUUUUCAACGUCUUCUAUCUGAUAAUCAUAAUACAAAUGAUGAAUAUUUCAAUUCAAUAUUCAAUACACAUACAUUAAUAAAUAAGAUUCAAUUAAUCAAUCCAAAAUGGUGCCCAUUAACUGAUCCAAAUCUUAAUAAUCUUGGUAUUAUUAUUGAUACAUUAAAAUUAAAUGAUAAUCCAAUUAAUCAAUUAAAUUCUAUUUAUUUAGCUGUUAUACCAGCAUUUUGUUGUCCAUCUAAAAUAGAUUCAACUAUAUUCAAUAAUGAUACAUCUUAUUUAGAUGUUUAUCGUUCAUCUAAAUUAUUAAAAACACGUUUAUUCUCUACUGGAAGUUCAUCUAUGUUAACGUCGACACCUUCGGCGGCAACGACUUCUGGAUUAGUGACAUCGACAGUGACAUCAGCGACUACGACAAUAUCUGGAAAUUCAUCAUUAAAAUCAAAUUGGGAACGUUUAGCAUCAGCUAUUUAUACUAUUAAUAAUAGAGGUAUUAUUAAUCGAUAUUUUUGGUUACCAACAUCUGAACAACAAUCUAUAGAAAAUGAUAAUAUGAAUAAUAUUGAACCACUUGAACAAUAUGGUUUAUUCUAUGAUACUUAUCAUUCAUCACAAUAUGGUUCUAUUGGACCAUUUGAUCUAUCAUUGAUACAUUUUCAUGAAAAUAUUAAACAGUUUAAACUUGAUGAAAUAUUUUGUUUAAAUAUUCCUUCAAUGGAACCAUUUUCAUCUUCUCACAAUAGUAAUACAUCACAAUUAUUUGCAUUAACUUAUGAUAAUAAAUGGUUAUUUAUUGGUGGAUAUUGGAAUGGACAUUUAAUUAUCUAUAAUAUAUAUCAAUCAAAAAUCCACACCAUUUUAACAACUCCUCACUUAGAUACUAUUAGUUGCUUAGCAACUGAUUCUAUAUUUAAUUUUAUUGAUCAACAAUCAUUUAAAUAUCAUGGUGAUUUUAAUAAAAUCAAUAAAUAUUUAAUUAAUCAAUUAAAUAAUAAUAAUAAUAAUAAUAAUAAUAAAUCAUGUUAUAUUAUAACUGGUAGUUUAGAUGGUACAUGUGCUAUAUGGGAUUUUAAUUAUUUAAAUCAAGAAGAUAUUAAUGAUAUUCAUGAUGAUAAUGAUAUGGAAGAUCUUUCAGAAUUUCAUCAUUAUAAUGAUUCCCCAUUUAUGAACGAUCCAUUAUUUACUUCAUUCAAUCAAAGAACAUCUUUAAAUAGUGAUAUACUUUUCAAUAGUCAAGACAAUUUAUUCAUUCAUCAACAACAACAAGAUUCAAAAGAUGGUUCUUCAUAUGAUCGAACUAUUUCAAUAGAAUCUCUUAAUGAUAAUCAUAAUCAAUCAUUAAGAUUAUUACAUAAUACAUUAGAUCUACCUAAUAAUAUGGAUUAUAAUUUACUAUAUAAGCAUGCUGGUCUAUCUAUUUCACAAUAUAAAUUAAAAAAAUUAGCUAAAAUUAUUAAAUUUUUUUAUGGUAAUUCAUAUGGUACACCAGUUACAUGUGUUUCAUUAAAUAUGUCCUUAGAUACAGGUGUUAUGGCAACUAAUGAAAAUUAUGAAAUUUAUUUAUUUAGUGUAAAAUUAUCUAAUUGGUCACGUGUAAUUAAAUUGAAUACAUUUGAAUCUAAUGAAUUAUAUUUUCCCUUAAAUAUAUAUCCUAAUACAGGGGGGAUAGUUACAUAUAAUAAUAUGAUAACUGUACAUCAUAUAAUUAUAUCAUCUAGAUUAGGUUUUAUAUAUAUACAAUGGAAUUAUAAUUUUAUAAAAGAUAAAAAAAAAACUGGACCUAAAUUAAGUUUAUUUAAUUCUACAGGUGAAAAAUUAUUAGAAAUUUCAUUAUUUAUUUAUACUACUAAUUAUUGUAAAUUAAGUAGUAUAGAAUUAAAUCAAAUUAUUGUUACACGUAUUUUACUUACAUCAACACCAAUUUUAUCAAAAAGUAGUAUAUUUAAGAAAGAAGAUAAUCAUGAUGAUGAUGAUGACGACGAUGAUGAUGCUGCUGCUGAUGAUGAUGAUGAUGAAGGCGGUGUUGGUCGUGUAGAAUAUCAAGAUGAUAGUCAAAAUCAUAUUAUAUCCCAACAUCUACUUAUAUCAUUUAAUACAGGACAUUUUAUGAUAUUACUUGCUGAAACAUUAAUACCUAUUUAUUGUAUUAAAUUCAAUGAAUGUAUUAAUGAUAUAUCAUUAAUAUCUAAUCUAUCAUAUAAUGGACAUCUUAUUGAAGGUGUUCAUAUUAUGUUAUCAUUAAUGAAUAAACGUUUAGUUAUUUUUCAAACUAUUCGAAAGAAAAACAAAACAAGAUUAGUAGCAAAACAAAUAUAAAUAUUAUUGACCUGUAAAGUAUUAACUGAAUUGGAGAAUCCUCGACGGCGGCUUAUGCUCCAUUGAGAGUACCAUACAUAAGUAACAAUGAAACAUAUAUUUUUUGCCAAAGAUUUAUACUACUAAUUUUUUAAUCAGUAGCCAAAAAACAAAUACACAAAAAAACAACGAUUACAACAACAUAUUACAUAACAGUAAUUUUUUUUUUAUAUCUCGGUUUAUAUUCUCUCUAUUUUUGUUUAAUUGUAACCAUAUAGUAUUUUUUUAUAUAAAUCUAUCUUGAAGAGUUUGAUAAGGCUCUGCCACAGAAAUAAUCUUUUUCAUUAAUUGUGAUUCAGUUAAAUAACUUCGUUUACACAAAAGAUUAUCUUUGGAAGUAUUCAUUAUUUCAGUAGUAUAGUUUGUUUUGUAUACAAUAAAAAAAAUAACCUAUUCAAGUUUUAUUUUUUGGGAUUUUUCUUUUUUUUUUUAAAAAAAAAAAUUUUUUUGUAUAUUUUGUUGCUAAUCGAGUUUUUCUUUUCGUUUUUUUUUACUUGAACGAUUUGUACUUUGUUAUGGUUUUAUAAUUUUGAUAAAUAGACAUUUUGCUGUUGCUGCUGCUUUUCCUUUGACACUUUUAUCUUCUUCUACGUCAUGCUUUUUUGUUUGUAGAUGUGUUUGUGUGUGUGGAUGUUUGGAUAAUUUUUUUUUCAUAGUUGAAAUCAUAAGUCAAUUGAAGCUUGACACCACCAUGGAAAACCUGGAAGCA